ACGAUUUGCCAAAAAAUUCCAGCAGCAACUUCGCAAGAAGCAUGGCGGCUGGUGGUGUGGAUAGCAAUGCUGUCCCUCAGUCUAAAAAGGGUGCUGUGGUGAUCAGCAACAUACAUACCGAUAUAGUUUGUACUUCAUUUACUGACAAAUUGAUGCUGAUAAUUACACAGUACCAAAAACUGGGUACAGUGAUGUAUGUUUUUAAUGAGGCUGAGAUUUCUGGAAUGCAACAGCCUUUGUUCAACACCAAAGUACUUAUUGGCAAAGAUGAGCCUGUCACCCACGUGUAUGCAAGAAAUAUAGCUUUGAAGUUGCACCAGCUUGGAAACACUAAGCCCCUAUUGUUAACAUUGGCAUUAAAAGAUGAUACGCCAGAAAUGUUGAAAGCCAUUUUAGAAAGUAUAACACAAUGCAAAGUUUGGUGACCUAAGACCCAAAUUCACAUAUAUUGCCAAUUGUUGGCUUCAUUCACAUUGAUGAGUGGAUGGCAAGUUACAAGACAUAGACUUAAGGCCAAAUAAAAACAAUUAGUUUCUCAUCCUAAUAUUUUGAAAAUGGAGAAUGAGGGCACUCCGAGAUGGUUGAUGGGAAACAGUACUACUUUCUCACCUUUACCAAGUAGAUACAUUGAAAGCAAAUAAAAGAAGCACUAGACAUGAUUCAUACCAUAUGUAUCCCCAACCACAAAUGAUCGAUAGAGAAAUUUUACUGAUGUGAGUUGCCAGAUUUUCGUACAUUUCAUAAAAUAAAGGAAAUUGGUGAAGCAGAGAAAAUGGAUUUGCAAGGGGACGACAAACUAGUAAUUGUUUUUUUGGCCAAAUCAAUCAAGCAAUAGGCAAGAAUUAAAUACAUAGGUACAAUACUUAUCCUUCAAUGAUAAGCCAAUGAAGUAAAGCUAAGUACCUAUGAUAGGCCUAUUUUGUUGAAGCCAGAUAAAAUUAUUUGGGAGGAUUUCAAUAGUGCCAGAACUAAUACAAUCAUUCGGCUCUGGUGGUAUAAUAUUACACUCCAACACAUUCAUUUUAAUAGUGUUAUUGUUUGUAUGAUUUAUAUUACCACAGUAUUAUUAUUAUUAUUAUUAUUACUAUUUACCUUAAAUAGGCCAAUAUUUUAAUGAAUGGACAUUUCCGAAGUGUCAAUCAAAAUAUGUGCAUGUCCUACAAUCGCAGUCUAGUCCCAAAAACACAUGUGUUUUAUAUACGGCCGUAAUAUGGCAAAACAACGUAACUACAGUACCGUUAUAUCUUUUGAAGUUACGUUUUUUUACGUUGGAACGGCCGCAUAGCUGGUUUACACUAGUAUUUUGUGGGACCUUAGGCACAAAAUUUAAGGGGCGUGGUGUAGCAAAAGGCCCAUUAGGUUUAUUUUUCUAUUUUAUUUUAUUUUGUAUAAAAAUAUAUACAUCCUUGGCCGGUAGUUAAAAACUGAAGUGGCAAGGUUGCAAAUAGAAUAUAUAAAAAACACCACGAAUUAUCAUUAUCAUUAUAUUAAAAUUCUAUAAAAAGCAUACAUUGAAUCACAUAUACUGUAUGCAGUAUUAAAGAAAACAUAUAUAAACCCUAAAAAUUGAUCCAACAAGCAAAGAUUAAGAAUUAAACCCAAAAAAUUAAUGGUUGAAACAUCAACCAUUGAAUUAAAGCUGCUGAAACUAAAAUAUCAAAUCAACCAUUGAAACAUAAUUUUAAAAAUAGAGAUUAAGCCUAUCUAUCUAUAUUGUAGGUUAUUAUAGAUAAAGCAAGACAGUACUGAGAUUCUAACUCCAGACACCCCUCCCCACACCUAUCUAUAUCUAUAGAAACCCUUCAACAAGUAUUGCAUAAAUAUUCUUAAAUUUAUAAAUCAACGACAUGUUUACUUUAAACAUACAGUAUUGAAAUGCACAACAAUUUUUCAAUUUCUGUUAAACCUCAACAAAUUAUUUGUUGAACAAUAGAGAACUUAAUGUGAUUGUUUUGGUUUUUUGAAUAAAAGCUGUAAAUAAACUGA